GGCUGCUCAGUGAAGCUAUCACGGUGCGCUGGCCAAUGCUGCCAGCGGCGUGCUCCCGGGCCAGCGCUUUAGCGAUCGCUGGAGUGGGGGUCAGCGAUUCCUGCAGAAUCUCCCCGAUAGCUGGCCACGCGGCGCUCGAGAAGAAAGGCGACCAAGGCCCGCGCGGCCAUCAAGUUCGCAGCACACCUCAGGUGGGCGCCAAUGGCACAGCCCUCCCAGAUGAGCAAAUGCCCACCAAGGCGGCGAAGAAGACCCGCGAGCUCUUUCGCAAGGGAGCGCGGGGCAACGGGGCGCACCUGAAAGGCGCAACGCUGCCCAAACAUCAACGCAGAUUGGAGGGCCCAGGGCACGUCGAGCACCAGGUGUACAUCCACGCGUCUGUCGCACCCACUGCGAGUGCAUUUGCAGGCAUCGGCACCGAGGGCCAGGAGCUGGUGCGCAGUGCCCUCGGCACCAUCAUCUGGAUGCGGACAGACACGCGCACCGCCAGCUCGAGCGGCACGCCGGAGCUGCUCCGAAUGCUCCCUCUGGGAUAUCCCGCCUGCAACUGG